GGGGAGCGGGUCGAGGUGGCCACGGGGAUCGACGUCCCGGGACUCCACUGGAGCAGAGGGUGCUCGCUCCUUGCUGACUUGUGGGGGCUCCUUGGAAAGCGGUUGACAACCGGGACUCGAGGGCCACGGAGUCCCCGAGCUGUGCGCGAGCUCUGAACCGGGGGAGGGUCCUCCACAGAAUCUCUGCCCGCACCUUGUCCUACCGGGAGUCAUUACUUGGCCCGAGACGCCUUGGGGUGGGAAGGACGGUUCUCACUGUCCUCUGAUUUGGCAUCCUGAAGAGUUUGAGUUGGCGACUCUUCAAACAGGAAGUUACUGCGGUGGGACAGGGCCAGGACUUUCUUAGGGAACACCUGAAGUGCAGAAGCCCCGUCGCCAGGCCUCAAGCCUAGCUACUGAAAAGAUGGUGGACCACUUGGCAAACACAGAGAUCAACAGCCAGCGGAUCGCAGCAGUGGAGAGCUGUUUCGGGGCAUCGGGGCAGCCGCUGGCCCUGCCGGGCCGUGUGCUCCUGGGCGAGGGGGUGCUGACCAAGGAGUGCCGCAAGAAGGCCAAGCCACGCAUCUUCUUCCUCUUCAAUGACAUCCUGGUGUAUGGCAGUAUUGUGCUUAGCAAACGCAAGUACCGCAGCCAGCAUAUUAUCCCCCUGGAAGAGGUAACAUUGGAGACGCUGCCAGAGACCCUGCAGGCCAAGAACCGCUGGAUGAUCAAGACAGCCAAGAAGUCCUUUGUGGUGUCGGCGGCCUCCACCACGGAGCGCCAGGAGUGGAUCAGCCACAUCGAAGAGUGUGUACGGAGGCAGCUGUUGGCCACGGGCCGCCAGCCCACCACUGAGCACGCAGCGCCAUGGAUCCCUGACAAGGCCACGGACAUCUGCAUGCGUUGCACACAGACACGCUUCUCGGCACUCACCCGGCGUCACCACUGCCGCAAAUGUGGGUUUGUGGUCUGUGCUGAGUGUUCCAAGGAGCGUUUCCUGCUGCCGCGUCUCUCCCCGAAACCCCUCCGUGUCUGCAGCCUCUGCUACCGAGAGCUAGCUGCGCAGAAGCGGAGCGAGGAGGCCAAGGAGAGGUACGGGGACUCUCCGGGACAGCCAACCCAUCUAGGUGGCGCCGUCUGCGGUGCGUCCAGUGGCGAUGACGAUGACUCCGAUGAGGACAGAGAAGGUGACUGGCCCAGCCAGGUGGAGUUCUACGCUUCUGGUGUCUCCUGGUCAGCCUUCCACAGUUGACCCUCACCUUCAGAGUGUCUGUAUCAAACCAGUCCACUGCCCAGGGCUCCAAGAGUGCAGGUCCUGAACUCUGACUUUUGCUGGGACCCCUGCCCAUGGUAGUGGGCCUGUGACAGGUGGCUGUUCCAGAGCCAUUACCAGUGCCUUUCUGCUAGACAGCAACCUCCUACCGUCUUCUACUUCUGGUCAGAUAAUUGUCUUUCCAUUUCACAAGGCCCAGAACAUGGAGCCCUUGGUGACCAGGCUACAGCUACAGCCCUUGGGGUUAGACCAGGCCAGGUGUCCCAAGCAUUAAAAGACCAGGGUUAGCCGGGCGGUGGUGGCGCACGCCUUUAAUCCCAGCACUUGGGAGGCAGAGGCAG